CCAACCCUCACUAAAAAAACAAGUAAAACAUCAUCCAUGUAGUGGGAGCAAAUGUUUCCGACUUUGCCGCUAAGCAAGUAACUGUAGACCUCAAACCUAUAAGUGUUUACCUUCUCACCCAAACACAAUCCACAAUACAGUACUGCAGGUUUGUCCCUGUCCGCCACCCGUACACGCCGUUUCUCUGCCGAGUCCCGUUACAGUGAAUCCGAAGAUGGCGGAAGCUCCCGUACGGACCUGCCGGUAUUUCUGUCACCAAUGUUCUGCAGAGAUAAACCCUCGUCUCCCGGAUUACAUCUGUCCCCGGUGCAAUUCUGGCUUCAUCGAGGAGUUACUACAGGAGAGAAAUACAGAGACUGGUUUUACUUCCACAUCCACCAGCGAUCAGAACCGCCAUUCAGUCGAGACUCUGGAUCCGACUGGAUUUACCUUCCCACAUCAGUACAGCCAAUUGGCUCUAAACAUCUUCACUGACACUUUCGACCUCCACUCGGCCUUGACCUCUGAGGAUGGUGAGAACCGCCGGGAGCGUGAGAUGUCUUCACGCCAUCGCUACAUGGCCAGACAACCUCGGGGACGCCCCGUUCCCCGGAGACAAGGGACACGGCACGAAGGAGUUCCCACUUUAGAGGGGAUAAUUCAGCAGCUAGUGAACGGAAUCAUCGCACCAACAGCUAUGCCAAAUAUGGGAAUAGGACCAUGGGGAGUGCUACAUUCAAAUCCAAUGGACUAUGCAUGGGGUGCCAACGGCUUGGACGCCAUUAUUACACAGUUAUUAAAUCAGUUUGAAAAUACGGGUCCACCUCCUGCAGACAGAGAAAAGAUCAAAAACCUCCCGACAAUUCAGAUCACAGACGAGCAUGUGGGAGAUGGUUUAGAAUGUCCUGUGUGUAAAGAAGACUACAGCGAGGGAGAGAGCGUUAGACAACUUCCAUGCAACCAUCUCUUUCACAACGACUGUAUAGUGCCCUGGCUCGAACAGCACGACACAUGUCCGGUGUGCAGGAAAAGCUUGAGCGGCCAGAACACAGCCACAGAUCCUCCUGACUUAUCAGGAAUUAACUUUUCACCUUCCACAUCAUCAUUGUCCUCCCCCAGUUCCCCCAAUAACGAGAACGCUGCCAACAACUCCUAAAAACCCCUCAAUUCCUUCCUGACACACGCAUAUACACACUAACACACACACAUGCACAUAAAACCCACUUAAACCCGAUGGUCUUGAGUGCAUCCUUUAAGAGGCCAACACCUUUUUCUCAUCAUUACCUUCAACAUCAUUAUCAUACAACUUCCUGUAACACAUGCCAAAGGACAUGUUGACAAGCAAAGAGUUGAGAAGCCACCUACACACACACACACAUCUCCUUCAUCUGUAUUCCGAUACCUUUUUUUUUUAAUUAUUAUUAUUUAAAACUGGAGCAUGAUCGUUCCUCUUUCUUUUUUUUUUUUUAACGCAUGACAAGCAGCCCUGUACGAACAGGGAUUUUAAUUCAGAAGUGACUGUGGGGUCAAAUAAAGAAAAAAGGGAUGAUUAGAGUCAGGCAACGUAUAAAGAACUCUUGCAGGCACUCACACACACAUGCUCACACUUAGUCAACUGCAGGAUUUGAAUGUCAUUUUAAUAGAGACUGUUCUGUCUCUCAUUCCUAUAAAGGGAACCAUUCAAGCA